GGUCUCGGGGACCAGGCUGCUUUCAGGCAGCAGGGGGGCAGCGCGUCUGCCCCUGUUCAACCUUGUAAGGAUGAUUCCUCAAAAAAACGACGGGCCCUUGCCCACACACGGGGGUGCCGUUUACCACUGGCGCCGUGACGCACCUGGGUGUGCCUCUGUCGUGGGACUCUGAUGCGGCUGCAGCUGACCUGUACACCCGGCGGGCUCGCGGCAUGGCGUUUGUGGCGCGUCUGUGGGCUGCCCUGUCUCUGACCCUGGUUGGCCGUGUGCACAUUGCGAAGCAGGUGCUGGCGGCGAAGCUGGCCUACCACUUCAGCUUCCUCAACCCAUCGCCUGCGCAGCUGAAGGAACUCACCGACCUGGUGGACCACUUUGCUGCGCGCUCCGUGCACGCUGAGGAUGCCAGCCUGGUGUCGCACGGGAACCCGCUCCUGCUGCCAAAGCGGGAGACGGCCUGUCUGCCGUACAAGGAUGGGGGUGUCAACCAUGUCGACCUGCCUGCGUUCCUGUCUGCCCUGCAAGCUAAGACUUUCGCCCUGCUUGCCCAGCCAGGCCGGCAACCCUGGAAGACGCUCACCCGGGCGCUGCUUACUCAUGUGCGCCCGGACUCUGCCACCACGUGGGCGUGGGUGUACAGCGACGCGCCGGCGCCAGCGGGGCUGCCUGCCCGGCUGGCGGCCGCGGUCGGCCACGUGCGGAGCGCGGGCGUGGAACAGCAUCCGCCGCAGCCAGCCACUCAGCCGCCAGCGGCGCCGCCACAGUGGCGGGUUAGCCUGGACCAGCUGUGGGUGGCUAACGCUGCGGGGGCUGUGUCCUACGUCCACUACACGGGGCGGCUCUUGGAGCCUGGGCCUGGCGUGCUGCCCCCGGCAGUGGAUGGGGCGUGGCAGCCUGCCUGUGUGCUGCAGCACCGCAAGCCGCGGCACCUGUGGACCUUUGAAGAGCGGGCGGCGUACGAUGCAGCAUCACCAGGGGAACGGGCAGGGGCGUGGCCUCGGGCGCCGUACUUCCUGGCGCCGGAGGCUGGGGUGGUGGUGCACCCGGAGCACUGCCGGAUUGCGGGUGUCAGCUUGGCGGACUACACGGUGCGGGACGUGCGGCGGGCCAUCACCGCGGCCAACCCGGCCGCCCCUCUGGCUCCGGCCCGCCCCGCAGCCAUGCCGUGCCCGGCGCCAGCACAGCAGGCGGGGGGUUCGGGGACCCAGCCGGCGGCACAGUCGCGGCUGGCGGAGCGGGAGGCGGAGUGGCAGCGUGCAGCGGCGCAGCUGACCACCACGGCGGCGCAGCACUUCCACAAUAACCCGGUGGCUCUGGACCCCUGGCUCCACCGCACCUCCGCGGCAGCCGGGCUGCAGAACACGCCGGCGAGGACGUGGCUGCAGCAGCUGUGGGCCUGCGUUGCGCCCCAGGCAGCGGCACCGCCAGUGACGGACGUGGGCUUCAUGCUGGGGGACCGCAUGGGUAUGUGGGCCUCAGGCCCGCGGGGGGCGGGCGCGCUGCUGUGGAGCACUUUGCGGGCCACCUUCUUGUACGCCGUCUGGUGUGCGUACUGGUCCCGCGAGCCGGCUAAGCAGACGUCGGAGCUUGUGGUUCGGGAGGUGGUCAGCGAGCUGCGCAGGGUGAUGCAGCUGCGUUUCACUGCCGCCACGCUAACCCCUGAAACCCUGUCGGCUCUGCCCACUCAGCUUCUCACCGCACAGCUCAAGGCGGCUAAGCUGGAGCACUUUGUUGCCAUCUGGACAGCGGGUGGCGCGCUUUGUGAAGUGGAGGAGGUUCAGGGUGGGUCACCGAAGUUGCACUUGCGGCUGACGCUUGCAUCACCUGUGCAGGCCCCCUAGGUUUCCUUUUGGGCGGCGUUUCUUUCCAGGCGCUGGCGUGGCAUAUUUUCGUCAUCAGCUUAUCUGGUCGCCCCAUGUGGUAUAGCUCUGGCUGGCGUCGCAGCGCCUGGGCGGCUGUGGGCCUUCCUGCACAGCGCGUCUUGCAGCGGGCUGGAGCCCAAUUAGUCAGCGCCACAUCGGGCCCGUUUAGUUUUCUGCUUGUGUCUCCUCUGCCAGUUCUCCUGGGGCGUUGCUCAAGCAACCGACUUGUGGGGGUGGGGUGGGUUACGGCGGGUCGAGUGAUGGUAGCACUGGUGUUUUCUUUUUUAGCGCGCGGUGGUGGUGGUUCUUGCGGCUAGGCUGUGGUGUAGGUUGGUGCUUGGGUUAGGUCUGGCGGUGUUUUGGUGCAACCCCUCCCGGGGGGCGGGGGGGCCAGCCUCCUGCUCUGUCUGCCGGGUCGGGGUGGGGUGGGGUGGGGUGGGGUGGGGUGGUUGGUGGCGGUUUCGAGGUGUUUGCUUUCUGUCUUCUUCUCUUUUCUUCUCUUCUUGCCCUGUCAGGGUUCUGGUCUCGGGGACCAGGCUGUUUUCAGGCAGCAGGGGGGCAGCGCGUCUGCCCCUGUUCAACCUUGUAAGGAUGAUUCCUC